CAAUUCUCUCCUGAUCUCUGCAGCUGCGACCGCUUCUGUGUCGCACGAGUGUGACGUAGAAGACAAGCGCGCAAGCAUGGCGGCCAGCGGCAAGAGGCCCGAGCAUCGCGGCCCCCCCGAACUAUUCUACGAUGAGACUGAAGCCCGAAAAUACACACACAACUCUCGAAUGAUUGAGAUCCAGUCGCAGAUGUCCGAACGGGCUGUGGAGCUGCUGGGUCUCCCCGAGGACCGGACCUGUUUCUUGCUGGAUGUUGGGUGUGGCUCUGGUCUGAGUGGUGAUUACAUCUCUGAGGAAGGACACUGUUGGGUUGGCAUGGACAUCAGCUCUGCCAUGUUGGAUGUAGCUGCAGAAAGAGAAGUGGAGGGUGACUUGAUGCUGGCAGACAUGGGCCAGGGCAUCCCCUUCCGGCCAGGAACCUUUGAUGGCUGCAUCAGUAUUUCUGCAGUGCAGUGGCUAUGCAAUGCCGACAAGAAGACUCACAGCCCCCCAAAGCGGCUGUAUCGGUUUUUCUCGACUCUCUAUACUGCUUUGGCCCGAGGAGCCCGUGCCGUCCUCCAGCUGUACCCAGAAAACUCUCAGCAGCUGGAACUCAUCACCUCCCAAGCCAUGAAGGCCGGCUUCACAGGCGGCAUGGUGGUUGACUACCCCAACAGCGCCAAAGCCAAGAAGUUCUUUCUCUGUCUUUUUGUUGGUGCAGCAGAUGCGUUGCCAAAGGGUCUUGGCACAGAAUGCAGUGAUCAGGAGACUGCGAGGGCAAAGUUUACCAAUGAAAGGACACGGUUCAAGAACAUCAAAGGGAAGUCUGCAAAGAAGAGUCGGGACUGGGUCUUCGAGAAGAAGGAACGGAGGCGGCGGCAGGGCAGGGAUGUCCGGGCAGACACCAAGUACACCGGCCGGAAGCGGCGGCCUCACUUCUGAUCGCAGCACUGUUGAUCAGACCCCUCCUUAAUGGCAUGGAGCAUUGCUGCCUAUAAAGAGGGAUGUGAUAUCAGCCAUGGGAUUUUCAUGCAGGACACUUGACUCCCUCCAGACUGAGAUCAUCCUUUCACCAGACCCAGCAAGGACUGCUUUGAAGAGACAGAAAAGCAGCAUCUCCCCAAUUUUGCUGCGGGGGGUCCUUCUGCCUGCUGCAAGACAGUGACUCGUCUUUUCCAGAGCCCUCCAUCACAGGGAGUGGGGAGAUUAGAUUCCCCUCUGCUAGAAAAGAGUCGGGCUAAAAUGCUUUGAAACAUAGAGUAGAAGGUCGGGGGGGGGGGGGCAUUUGCCCACCUCCCAAUGUUGCUGAACUACAACCACCAUCAUCCCUGACAGAUGGGAGUUUGAGUCCAGGAAUAUCUGGAAGAGGGCUGCAGAUAUUUCCCACCCAAAGACAGAAAGCUUUGUGGCAGCGGCUAUUAAAAUAUUAAAAAACACCUUUCCUGAGAUUGUGGAUUGCUAGAUCAAGUGGGGCUGGCUGUAUGCAGGGUUCUCUGUGCUCAACUCCACCCCCUGCCCUCGAUUCGCAGAAGCCACUCUGCCUAGCUGCAGUGUAAGGGGUGCAGGGGUCCCAAAAGCGUUGCUGGAACACUCCCAUCAGUCCUGAGUGGUAUGGCUGAUGGGACAGAGGGAUGCUGGGAAAUGUAGGCACAACAGGGUCUAGAGGGCCACAGGUUCCCUGCCCCUGAAACAGGCCUAUGUGUGCAUUUAUCCUGCUCUCUUGCUGUUGUCCAAACCCCUUCUUCUGCCCUAUAAACUUUUUGGAAGCAGCCCCGCUCCUUUGGGCACAUAAAACAUUUAAAGUCGCAUGGAGAAAACCACACUGCCUGGGUGCAUAGAGUGCAUGUAGGCCUCUCAGCUGCUGGAAAAGCUGAGCUCUCCAUGCUAAAGGUCCUAGUCUUCAUAAGAAACAAAUAAGUGUGGAAAACACCCACAGAAAGGGCUCAAGGGCCAGAGCACGGUAAGAGUUGGAUUUUCGGGAAUAACUUCUGCAUCUCUUCACCUUCCCUAACUCCUAAGCAUCGAGGCAUGUCGCUAGCCUUCCUGUAUGUUAGAGAGGGACAGAGUGUUAAAACGAGGUGGCUGCAUAGUCAACAGGAGGACAACACACACACCCCAAACACACACAGAGGAACCAGAAAACGCUUCACAGAUAUAAACACUUUUUUUUUUAAUUCUACAUAAAAGGAAGCUGCUUUUCCACCUGAAAUUUUAUAGAGGGGGUUGUGGCGUAAAGGGUAAACUAAGCAGGCCAGAAUGUCAGAAGAAGGCAACAGACGGACGGACAGUUCCACAUCCACGAAGGCAGGAGAGCGAGGCAGCUUUUGAGGGCAGAGAGAGAGAGAGAGAGAGAGAAGGACACUUGGCUUCACACAGCGAUGCUACGAGACUCCAGGGGAGGCCUCCGCAAAGAUGGAUCAAUAAAUGUCCUUUCCCUGUGAGGAGGCGGAAUACUGGUGGUGGCACUUCAGGGCUCUCUGAAUUAAAAAACAAAAUACACGUAUACAUACACACCCCAACAACUGGCAGGUUUGCUGUCUGGAGCGCAGAACAGCUUCCAGAGCACAGACACAUCACGGAUGGCUCAGGUUUCGACAUGCAAGGAAAGCAGGGAAGGUCUGGAAAAGGAGCAAAGCAGCAGAGGCCACCGAUGGCCAAAUGCCGCCACGCCAGGCUGCUUGCAGAAGAUUUCGGGCCAGGAAAUGUGGGGAAGAAGUAAGCGAAUGGCAGAGAGCAAAGUCUACCAAUGUAAAUUGCACGUGCUCUGCAGAAAGAGGGUAUUUGGCCCCUGCCCCAGCUGAUGCAGGGGGAAGGAAGGUCUGUGGUCCUGCAGCGAGAGAGAGGGAGACAGCCUCCUCAGACUACAGAAGGACCACACAUUUGUUGAUGCAACUGCCGUGUAGGACUCUUGGCAGGUCAGAGCCUGGAGUAGUUCUGCAGUAGGUGCAGCUGAGGUUCUCUCAGGAGCGGAGCAGGCCUCAUCCUGCUCGUUCCAGGGACGCAGCUUGUGAGCAGAGCACGUUCUCUCAGGAGGCAGAGCAAACACCUUGUUAAAAAGGUCUCAUUGCACUCCAAUGGCUAAGGGAGGAGAGGGCGAGCUCUGGAUCCAGACAAUGGCAGUGUUGCUUUUCUCCAAGAGACCUGCUGGUGCUGGGAAGCAGCUGGAAGAGCGGAGUUAAAAGACCGGGGUGGGGGUUGGCACUUGCUGCAUUGCAUAUGUAACUGGCACCACCCUUAAUGGGCUCUGGGAGAGGGAGGGAGGAGGGCAGAAACCCCUCUCUUUGUCUCUGGGACGGGAGCCAGCUAUGGCGCUCUGGAUAUUGGGCUGCAACUCCCAUUACGGCCAUGCUGGUCGGGGCUGAUGGGAGUCCUGCAUUGCAGGGAGUUGGCCUAGAUGAGCCUUUGGGUGCCUUAAAGUUCUGCGGUUCUGAGUUGGGAAGGCAGGAACAUCUGGUUUCCCACCCAUGUGCAACCCACAGCUUCUCUCCUGUCCCCCUGGCCCAGGGACAGAUGGAUUCAACACAGGUUCUGCAUUUCCAACAGGGUGAGCUAUUUGCUCAGUCACCCCUGGGAGCAGCUUGCCACCAUCACCUACUGCUAGCAGGCACAACCAGGUGUGUGUGCUUUUGGCAAAGGGAGUAACUGGUCUGGCAAGGUGCACACAGACUCAUGCAGAGAGAUGCUAGGCACAGUCUUGCACAGGACAGGGAACCUGUGGACGGACUCCUAGCAGCCGGCGCAGAAGUGCAGAGUCGAAAGGGAGCCCAGCGGGUGAUCUCUUCCAACUCCCUCCCUGCAGUGCAGGAAUGGUCAGGGAUGAUGGGAGGCCAGCAACAUUUGGGGAAGCCAGAGAUUAGCAGCUCGAGAAACUCAGUUACAGAUCUUAAGUCCGUGGAGGGUUUCCCUGAGAGGGUAAAGCUGCCCACAUGCGAAGUGUUGAAUCGGUGCCACUGGGAACAUUUUGGAAAUUCGGGAAGGAGGUGCCGUUUCACACCUGGAAAUUCAAAUCACGAGCUUUGCUGCUGUGUAGGGCUUGAGAGAGAGAGCCACAGCACAUUUGGACAGGAAGAUUCAUGGACUGCAAACUGCAACCCUCUCCAUCCCCCAAAAAACCAGGACGCUAUUCAGCAUAGGCCUGAAAACCUUGAGAGAACAUCUAAAAAUAAUGGGGACGUAGCAUCGACAGCCUGCUUCUAUUGACAGGUGGCUGCUGCCUGCUUCUAAAAGUGUCCUUUAUAAAAA